AGAGACCCUGCCCCUCCUCGCCAUAUGGGACUCUUGUCUGGCCCCAGACGCAGCUCUGGGUGUUCCUCUGAGACUAGGGACUUGUCAUGAGCCCUGCUGCCUCUGGCGCGGCCUUUGGGAAUCUGGCCUGUUCGUCCCCCUCCCCUGCCAAGCUGUGCACACCCCCGGCCUGGGGCCAGGCCUGAGCCUUCUCUCUGCUGUACCCCCAGUGCCCAGCCCCAGAGCCAGGGUCACCACGCUGUCCAACCCCAUGGCGGCCUCGGCCUCCAGACGGACCGCGCCCCGAGGUAAGUGGGGCAGCGUCCGGGCCAGCGGGCGCAGCAGUGGGCUCGGCACCGACGUGGGCUCCCGGCUCGCCGGCAGAGAUGCGCUGGGGCCCCCCCAGGCCAAUGGGGCCCCUCCUGAGCCAGGCUUUCUGCGGCCCCAGCGUGCAGCCCUCUACAUCAUUGGGGACAAAGCCCAGCUCAAGGGUGUGCGGCCCGACCCCCUGCAGCAGUGGGAGCUGGUGCCCAUCGAGGUCUUCGAGGUCAGGCAGGUGAAGGCCAGUUUCAAGAAGCUGCUGAAAGCCUGUGUGCCCGGCUGCCCUGCUGCUGAGCCCGGCCCCGCCUCCUUCCUGCGCUCUCUGGAGGACUCGGAGUGGCUGACCCAGAUCCACAAGCUGCUGCAGGUGUCGGUGCUGGUGGUGGAGCUGCUGGACUCUGGCUCCUCUGUGCUGGUGAGCCUGGAGGACGGCUGGGACAUCACCACGCAGGUGGUGUCCUUGGUGCAGCUGCUGUCAGACCCCUUCUACCGCACGCUGGAGGGCUUCCGCCUGCUGGUGGAGAAGGAGUGGCUGUCGUUUGGUCAUCGCUUCAGCCACCGAGGGGCCCACACCCUGGCCGGGCAGAGCAGCGGCUUCACGCCCGUCUUCCUGCAGUUCCUGGACUGCGUCCACCAGGUUCACCUGCAGUUCCCCAUGGAGUUUGAGUUCAGCCAGUUCUACCUCAAGUUCCUCGGCUACCACCACACCUCCCGGCGCUUCCGCACCUUCCUGCUGGACUCGGACUACGAGCGCAUUGAGCUGGGGCUGCUGUACGAGGAGAAGGGGGAGCGCAGGGGCCAGCUGGCCUGCAGGUCCGUGUGGGAGUACGUGGAGCGACUCAGCAAGAGGACACCCGUGUUCUACAACUACAUGUACGCGCCUGAGGACACGGAGGUCCUGCGGCCCUACAGCAACGUGUCCAACCUGAAGGUGUGGGACUUCUACACGGAGGAGACACUGGCUGAGGGCCCGCCCUAUGACUGGGAACUGGCCCAGGGCCCCCCCGAGCCCCCCGAGGAGGAACGGCCUGACGGAAGCGCUCCCCAGAGCAGGCGCCGUGUGGUGUGGCCGUGCUACGACAGCCGCCCCCGUGCCCAGCCCGAUGCCAUCUCACGCCUGCUGGAGGAGCUGCAGCGGCUGGAGACGGAGCUGGGCCGCUCCCCUGAGCGCUGGAAGGACACCUGGGACCGCGUGAAGGCUGCACAGCGCCUUGAAGGCCGCCCAGAUGGGCGUGCCACCCCCAGCUCCCUGCUGGUGUCCAGUGUGCCCCACCACCGCCGCUCGCUGGGUGUGUACCUGCAGGAGGGGCCUGUGGGCUCCACCUUGAGCCUCAGCCUGGACAGUGACCAGAGCAGUGGCUCAACUGCAUCAAGUUCCCGGCAGGCCGCCCGCCGCAGCACCAGCACCCUGUACAGCCAGUUCCAGACAGCUGAGAGUGAGAACAGGUCCUACGAGGGCACCCUGUACAAGAAGGGGGCCUUCAUGAAGCCCUGGAAGGCCCGCUGGUUUGUGCUGGACAAAACCAAGCACCAGCUGCGCUACUACGACCACCGCGUGGACACGGAGUGCAAGGGUGUCAUUGACCUGGCCGAAGUGGAGGCUGUGGCGCCUGGCACGCCCACCAUGGGCGCCCCCAAGACCGUGGAUGAGAAGGCCUUCUUUGACGUGAAGACGACGCGUCGCGUUUACAACUUCUGUGCCCAGGACGUGCCCUCGGCCCAGCAGUGGGUGGACCGGAUCCAGAGCUGCCUGUCAGACGCCUGAUCCUCCCGGCCCUGCCCGGGCUGCUCUGCUUCCAGUCGUUACAGACCACUAGGGGUGGGCAGGGCCGCCCCGGCCAUGUUUACAGCCCCGGCCCUCGACAGUAUUGAGGCCCCGAGCCCCCAGCACUUGUGUGUACAGUCCCCUCCCCCUCCAGGAGCCCCCCACCGCCCGGCCGGCGCUAACUUAUUGAGGCAUUGUGGCUGAGUGUUGUGCGAGAGGCAGCCAUGGUACAGCCCCAAGACGGGCCUGUAAAUAGUCCACCCAGCCCAGCCCUGUCAGUGUGCUGGCCCCGGCCGGCCGGCCGCAGGUGAACUGUUUCUAGAACCAGAGUCUAUAUAAAGAGAACUAACGAUG